AUGGAAGCAAUGAAUGAACCUUUGAAAUUACUAUAAAUGCAAGUUGAUUAAGAGAAUCGAAAACCACAAAUUUAAAUUAAUAGUGAAAAUUUAGAUAAAAUAUUGAACGAAAACAAAUAAGCUUUUGUUAUUGGGGUACUUGGUCGGCAAUAGAUAGGUAAAAGCACCUUCUUGAGAUCUAGUUUUGAUGUGAAUUUUCAAUCAAGUUCUAUUGAAUCAUAAGGUUAUCAAACAACUGUAGGUUAAGAUAUUGCUGUAAAGUAAGAUGAUGAUUAUGAUUUGGUUUUAAUUGAUGCUGAAGGUUUUGGGAGCUCAGAAUGCAAAUUGAAAUAUCAAAAUCAAAUCACUUGGAGUACGAGUAACUAAGAAAGAAGACGGGAUGCUCGGAAUCUAUCUAAAUUUUCAUCCGCUUUAUAGUCAGUAUUUCUGCUAGAAAUCUGCGAUAUUGUUUUCGUUUUCAAUGAGUAUUAUCAUGAUUGGGAAGAUUUUGAAGAAUUUAUUUCCUGCUUUAAGACUUUCGAAAAUGAAAAGAGAUCUCUCCCUGAAAUAAAAAUGAUAAAAGGAGCAGAUAUAUAAAGCAAGUAAAUAUUAGCAGUAACUAAUCUUAGAGAGGCGUUAGGUUAUGAGAAUAAUGAAGAAAUCGACCCAUAAAGCUUUGAUAAUUAAAAUGAAUAGAGAAUUAAUGAAAAUAAUUGCUUCUUUUUGCCAAAUUACUCUGGUGAUGAUUCUCUUUAUAAGCAAUAAAAUGAUCGUAUUCUAAGUACAAUCAACGAAAUAUUUUAAAAUAAAUAAGAUAAUCUAAGAAACUAAAUAGAAUUGAAGAAAUAAAUUUAAGCAAUAACUGAUAAGUUAAAUCAAGUAUUAAGAAUGUCAGAUCUAAAACCAUUAAGUGUUUUUGAAUUUGCAAGUAUUCAAUUUGAGCUCCAUUUUUAAAAUGAAGAUUUUAUAAAGCCUUAUAAAGAUUUAGUAAAAAAAAUAUAAAAUAUUCAAAGCUAAAAAGAAUUUCUUGAGUAUUAGCUUAAAAAACUUGAUAUACCUUCUACACGAGAUAUUUUAUGUAUAUCGAGAUUCAUGUCUCAUACACUUAGUGGAAUGUCUAUAGCUACUUCAGUUGCUGGCAUGUGUACUUCAGGAGCAGCAUUAGCAGGAGUUGCUGUUGUGCCACCUAUUGGAUCUAUAGUUUUUGGAUUAACUGCUUCUACUCUAAUAUCUAAAAUCGGAACUGAAAAGUUUAUAUUAAACGACAUGAAAAAAGUAGUUGAAAGAGAAGUUAAAAGGGUAGAGGAUUUUAUGCAGGAUGUUAAAUAGAUCAUGGAAAUUCUCGAAUAAAUUAAGGAAAUAAUUGAAAAGUCCUCUUCACUCAAAAGACUACUUGUGUUUUUAAUAAUCAAAGCUAUUAAAAAUAAUGCCAACAUUUCUUAUCCACAACUAUAAAAAAAAGUUAUUGAACAUUAUGUUAUUUUUACAGCCUCUGAAUACUAAGAGAAAAAUCCUGGACUUUCAAUGCUUUCUACAAUUAUUUCAGAAGAGGAGUUUAAGUUUCCAGAAUCCAAAAAAUAAUAUUUUAGUGUUUUAGGGAAUGAGUUCUCUGGUAUACGGCUAAGUUUGCUAAGGCAAUAGUAAAAAGUAAAAUAUUUAACAAGAAAUAGCUAAAAAAUUUAUGAAGUUACAGGGAUAGGCUCAAAGCCCAUUAGAGAGCUACAAAAAAUUUAGAAUCUUGGAGGAUUAGAUAUUAAAUCUAAGGGUGCCGAUGGAAUAAGAUUGAUUGGAAAGAAUACAGGCGAUUUCAAGCAUAUUGAAAAAUUCAAUGUAAAAAAGGUUAACACUGUAGUAAAACAAGCAAAAUUAUCUGAAGUAUUUGGCUUUGCUUUAAAAUCCAUAGGUUUAGCAGUUGAGGCCUAUUCAAUAGUCUAAUAUGAAGAUGAUUUCAACAAGAAUAUGAAGUAAAUGGAUAAAUUCGAGCUAACAAUUGAAUAACUUAAGUAACAGCUACCAGAAGUUCUAGAAAUUGUUCUCAAUUUUGAAUCUAUAGCCCUUUAAGGUAUAGAUGAUGAUUUAUUCUAUUGA